AUGGCAGACCUCGUGGAGCAGGUGCUUCAGAAGGAGAUAGAAAAACAAGCAAAGUAUAAAACUAUUGAAGUUACCAAAGAUGUAGAUCUCGAAAUCGACGAGGGAAACUUGCUUGCCGUUGAUACAAAUCCAUUCGACAUAAGACAUCACAAAUCAAAGAAAGACGUAUACUUGAAAGAGUUAGCAAGAGAUAAUGCCCAGUUGCUUAUAAAUAGGAUAUUUCAGUUGCCAACAAAAAAGGAGGAUGGAGUGUUAGUAGUUAAGUUACCUGACACCAAGGUCUUGGUUCCCAGAGGAAAACCAAUCCCAAAGGCCAAGCAAGUUACAAAAUGGGAGGAGUAUGCCCGAAUGAAGGGAAUACAGAACAGAAAGAGGAGCAAGAUGGUGUGGGAUGAACAGACAAAGGAAUGGAAGCCAAGAUGGGGCUAUAAUAGAGCAGGCGAUGACACCAAGGAUUGGUGUAUCGAAGUUCCCGACAAUGCAGAUCCCUAUGAAGACCAAUUCGAAAAGAGGAUGAAAGCCAAAUCUGAACGAACAGCCAAAAAUGAGCUACAGAGGCUGAGAAAUAUAGCCAGAGCACAGAAAACUAAAGUGCCUGGAGUAGGAUUGACGCCCACAGAAACCCCAUCCAAAGAUCAUGUCAGCAAGGCUUUAGCAGUAGCCAAGAGGUCAACAGCUUCAAUUGGAAAAUUCACGGAAUCUCUUCCAAAGGAGAAAGCCUCAAAAUACAGUGGCAAGAAACGAAAAUUUGAAGAAAAUUAUGGGAGUUUGAAAAAUGAGACUAAAAAACAGCUGGACAUUUUACAGAAGCUAAAAAAUAAGGAGCCUAUUAUAGACGUGACAAAAGCUGUCAACACACAGAUGAUGUCCGAGGAAAGUGGAAGUUCCGGCAAGAAACCUUCUAAAGGAAAAGCUAAAGGAUUUGGAGGAAGGAAAAAGGGGAAAGGAGGAGCUAAGGGUUCAUUUAAAGGAGGAAAAGGGUCAUUUAAAGGAGGAAAGGGUUCAUUUAAAGGAGGAAAAGGAGGAGGAGGAAAAAGGAAGAGAUGAUAUCUGUUAAAUGUGAUAAUUUUUCUGAUAA